GCGUUGGCAAAUUGAGGACCACAUGCGCCCUGGCACGUUCAAUCCUGGACCAAUAUGACUUGCUAGCCUCCUCAGCCCACAGCCCAUACGAUGCACCAAGUGCGCUUUUCUACCUUGCAGCAGUACGGGAGACCAACGAGCGUGAGGGUAUACGCUGGGCAAAGUCCCAUCUAUACAGUGACAGAGGCUAAGUGGGAGAGGGACUAUCGGGAGCGGUGUGACGUGGGCGAUAGAAAUCGCACCAGGGGGAAAAGAUCUCGGGAUCCUCGAAAGGAUCAGGAAACCGAUUGCUGUCUGACUGCGAAAGUACGCUCGAAAUCCCUGGUGCAGGGUUCAACUGGUGCGGGACACAGCGUAGCCCCCGGACGCUGCAAUACAAUGGCCGGUCUGGACGAGCACAGCUUGUGGUGCGCAUUCUGUGGUUGCUUGCUGCUCUGCUUGGUGAAUAUACAUAUGAUUGGAUAUGGUCCUGUCCCACUGCGAUUUGUGUGAUAAAAGACCGCCUGAGAGUGAGAAAUGUCAUUAAUGCAUAUAUCAUAGACGGUCGUAUGUUUCGUUAGAUAGACCUGAGGAUGAAAAGAUGUGGAACGGAAACAAAUGGAAAACAGGAUAUCUCUCGGUACGAUUCUGAGCCGAGGAAACAUAAGCAGAGCCAGUCUUGUAUCGGCGAACGAAAGAACAGAGACCAGGUUCUGAGUGAAGCGCAGCUACUUAUAGCCUGACCACA